UAAUUCGGUAUUUAUGUAAACAGUUAUUUAAUUUAAAAAAUACUGUCCUGACAUAGUUUUGUUUAUUCUUAGUUACUUGUACUUCAGCUUAAUAUAAUAUUAACAGAUAUCUUUAUAUUCAUAGAUAUCGAUAUAUCAGAGGAGAAUGACCCGGGUUAAUGAAUUCUGACAUGUCGUCUGAUGACUCGGGUUAAUGAAUUCUGACAUGUCAUCUGAUGAUUCGGGUUAAUGAAUUUUGACAUGUGUCGUCUGAUGACUCGGGUUAAUGAAUUCUGACAUGUCGUCUGAUGACUCGGGUUAAUGAAUUCUGACAUGUCGUCUGAUGACUCGGGUUAAUGAAUUCUGACAUGUCGUCUGCAAUGACUCGGGUUAAUGAAUUCUGACAUGUGUCGUCUGAUGACUCGGGUUAAUGAAUUCUGACAUGUCGUCUGAUGAUUCGGGUUAAUGAAUUCUGACAUGUUGUCUGAUGACUCGGGUUAAUGAAUUCUGACAUGUCGUCUGCAAUGACUCGGGUUAAUGAAUUCUGACAUGUCAUCUGAUGAUUCGGGUUAAUGAAUUCUGACAUGUCGUCUGAUGACUCGGGUUAAUGAAUUCUGACAUGUCGUCUGCAAUGACUCGGGUUAAUGAAUUCUGACAUGUGUCGUCUGAUGACUCGGGUUAAUGAAUUCUGACAUGUCGUUUGAUGAUUCGGGUUAAUGAAUUCUGACAUGUCGUCUGAUGACUCGAGUUAAUGAAUUCUGACAUGUUGUCUGAUGACUCGGGUUAAUGAAUUCUGACAUGUUGUCUGAUGACCCGGGUUAAUGAAUUCUGACAUGUCGUCUGAUGACCCGGGUUAAGAUUCUGAUAAGACUCGGGUUAAGAGCAGGUAGUACUAUGAUCUGAAUCCAUGUAUUCGAACAUCCUUCCCGGUUUUACAUUGAGAAAACAGGAAAUUGAUAGACUCUACUAGCUGUCAAAUAUAACUUCCUAUAUGUACACAUCACAAUAAACAAUGAGUUACAAUACGAGCGAUCAGUUAAUUCUCCAGGAAUCCAUCGUAGCGACCACGGUGCCAGUUUAUCUGAUAUUUUCAUUCGGAUUUAUUGGAAAUGGAUUGGCUUUUUAUGUGCUUAUUUCUUCUUCAAAAAAUCACAAAUGGGUUCCAUUUCAAAGACUUGUGCUUGGAUUGCUUACAACAGACACCGGGGCUUUAUUGCUGAUGUUCCCAGUCAUCCUGGUUCGAUUUGUUUCAGAUUUUACCUAUGUUUUCCCAACCAGCUUGUGUAACUUUAGUUCCUUUACUUUGAUGUUUACUAUGACGUCAUCAGCGCUCAUUGUCUGUAUGAUGUCACUAGACAGGUUCGUGGCUGUCGUUUUCCCCUUUACGUACAAAGUUCAAAAUAAAAGGAGCCGAGCGAACAUCACACUUUUGUCUGUUUGGAUAUUUUCGGCUAUGUUUAGUUGUACUCAUCUUCUCGGAUUCGGAUCAAACUUCAACUUUUAUCCCGGGACGUGGUGUUUCCUGAAUUAUAUGGGAAAGUCUGCCCUUGAUCGUGCGAGCUCCUUCGUAUUUGCUGUGUUUGGAAUAAUCGUCGUUCUGGUGACAGUUGUGACAAAUUGUGUAGUCAUUGUGUCGUUAUGUCGAAGUCAAUCGUCCCCGCAGAAACGCAACCACAGCUUCACGAUUGUGUUCCUAAUGGUGCUUGUUCUUCUGUUUCUUCUCUGCACCGCCCCGAUCAUGAUAACAGUGCUUUCAUUUGCGGCACAGUGGACCACUAAUAAAGACCCUAAGGACAACACGACCAUGGCCUUGUCCGUAAUCAACGCUAUAUUUGACCCAUGGAUCUACAUUCUAUUGCGGAAGGAAGUGCUUGUACGAGUACGUAACAAAGCCAUCAAAUUAUGUUCGUGGUUACCAUUUUGUCACCAGAACAAACUGGAACUGCAGGAGUCUUCCGGUUCCACUUCCGGUGGCGAAUCUCAGAACACUGCAGACACAGCGCAGACUGUUGUAUAACUGACCCAGAAGAUGCGUCUGACAUCAGAUCCGCUUGUCUUCAAACAACAUAUUUUAUGGACACAAGACGUAUCUCUUAAAAAGUAAAAUUAUUUGACGGAACCGAUUUCAGGAAAUUUAUUGGAAAAAUACAGGGCGUUACAAACCUUCUAUUUACAACACAGCGUUUUCUACGCACGAUUCAGGUAUUUUGAACAGCUGCCUAAAAGUAGUUUCCCAAAUCUCUGAGCACAUCUUCCCACCACACCUCUCUAAAGACAUACCUUCAAACAUCCAUUGAUUGAUUGAAUAUUGUUUAACAUCCCUCUCGAGAAUAUUUCACUCAUAUGGAGACGUCACCAUUACCGGUGAAGGGCUUCAAAAUUUCGGCCUAUGCUCGGCACUUAUGACCUUUAAGCAGGGAGGGAUCUUUAUCAUGCCACACCUGCUGUGACAUGGGACCUCGGUUUUUGCAGUCUCAUCCGAAGGACCGCCCCAUUUAGUCGCCUCUUAUGACAAGCAAAGGGGGACUGAGGACCUAUUCUAAUACGGAUCCCCAUGGGACUCAUUUUUACAUGAAAAUUCACAUACACCGAUUCAAUAAAUCCUCGAUAGCUAUAUUCACACAUACAGUGUCUACAACAUGUACAUGAUACGGUCAAGGUAUAAUAUUGACCUGUGACCUAUGACCCAAAAAUUAAUUUGUAGCCUUUUAUCUCUCUCCUGUAAUCUUUUUACUUUAUAAGAUGUUGACAACAUUUGUACAUUCAUAAAAUGUUUGGGAUUUCCCAUUGAGAUGUCAAUGUGGAUUACAACUCUUCUGUUGUUCUAAUCUAUGCAGAAGUUGUGAGAUUAUGUUACAUGUAUGUUGUAUUGUAUAUACACAUUGCAUUCGAAAUAUUAUAUAUAUAUAUAAACAAAAUGCCUAAUUUUAUAUCAUUACUAUACUUAUACUGCAUGUUUUGUAUUUUCUGAAGCCACACUUUUUCCAGGGUCAUUUGUCAAUUUCAUCAAUUCGACUGUCAUUAUUUACAAAAUUUAAUAGAUUGUGUCGAAGAA